AAAUACCGCAAUAACAAUAUUGUUAAGACUUGAGGAUGAAAUUAGAAAUUGUCGUGAUAAGUUUCCUUGCCGUUUUACAAACGGUUUUAAGUUCUGAAUUAGCCGGAGUUAAAACAUCCGAAAACUUCGCCCAUUCUACACUUUUAGAUACAGAUGGGAAUUAUAUUCUCUUUUGGAACUUUAACGAUACACAUGUGACUUUUGAAGUCCAUGUACGAACAAAAGGAUGGGUAGGCUUUGGAUUGUCUGGCAACGGAAACAUGUUUCCUGGUGAUGUUGUUGUUGGGUGGAUCAAAGAUGGAUCUAUCCACUUUUCUGACCGUCAUACAUCCGGGCACAAAAUGCCUGUUAUGGACAAGAAACAAGACUGGAAAUUAUUGUAUGGUGAGGAAAACGAGUUCGGAACCGUGCUGAAAUUUGUCAGAAAGAUAAACACUUGUGAUGACGUUGAAGAUGAGGUCAUCCAGGAAGGAACUAAUCGUAUUAUAUUUGCGUAUAACGAUAACGAUCCUACCGAUGACAACUCGAUCAUGUAUCAUGGAACCACGCGGGGUACCAAGAGCGUGGCUUUACUCAGCCCGAACCCAGUAAAUGGCAACUUGCCAGCAGACAGCCGACAUUUCGACUUCCUUAACCAAAAUUACAUGGUGCCGUCAGAACCUACAACGUACUGGUGCAGGGGUUUUAAGAUGCCACCGAUUGGAAAGCACCACAUGAUCAAGUAUGAAGCAGUUGUUACACCGGGGAAUGAACUUAACGUACAUCAUAUUUUAAUAUACCGGUGUAAAAUUGAUAAUCCGGAUUAUUGGAACGGCAAGACCAGCAUUUGUUAUAACCAUAAUAGAACACUUCCUCAUUGUUCAAGUAUAGUUAUCGCAUGGGCGAUUGGUGGAAAGCCAUUUUAUUUUCCCAAUCACGUGGGUUUCUCUGUUGGGGGACCGGAAGAUGAAGUAUUCUACAUCAUGGAGACGCAUUACGAUAACCCCACUAGACGCUCGGAUAUAAUUGACGACUCUGGAAUCCGCAUAACAAUUACGCCAACCUUAAGGCAGCACGAGGCUGGAAUGUUGGAGUUGGGACACAAAGUCAACUACUUCCAAAUCAUUCCGCCAGGCUUGAGUAACUUCGUAUCAAAGUCUUAUUGUACUGCCAACUGCUUGUCACGUGGGUUUACAGAGAGUAACUUAACGGAGUUCAAAAUCAUCGGGGCUCUUCAACAUUCUCAUCUGCUUGGCGUUGCUAUAACAACACGUCAUUUCAGGAAUGGCGUCGAGCUUAAACCUUUUAUCACGGACCCUCACUACGAUUUCGACUUCCAAGAACUCCGAAUGUUGCCGAAAGAAGUACCCGUAUAUCCGGGAGAUAGUUUCCAGGUCGACUGUACCUACGAUUCGACGAGUCGCACCACACCCACCACGGGCGGUUUGUCAACGAGAGAAGAAAUGUGCUUAACAUUUACCUACUACUAUCCGAAAUUCAAGCUACAAAACUGCUUAUCCCAGCCUAUCUAUGACAAUUUCCCGUUUGAUAAUUCAGAGUUGUAUCACGAGAUAAACACCGUAGAUUGGCAGAACAAGACCGUAGUGGAUUUCUUCCGGUCGCACAUCGACAAAAGCCAGGUGAAAGAAUAUUGUCGCGGAGUGCAUCUUAAACCACAAAAGUCUCGGAUAAUUCCGCCACCACAAACAGCACACCCAUAUGUUGUUCCACAACCAGACUGUUCAUAAUUCACGAGCAAGGACCCGGAAGAUGCAUAUACAAAUGUAUUUGAAUUCUACCCGGAAAAUGUAUAUACAAAAUCCAAGAACAAUUCCACACACAAAUAAUGCAUAAAAAUGUGUACUUUAAAACUAAAAUGUUGAUAAAAAUAUAAUAUAAAAAUGAUUUUUACCAUCAUGUUUUUAUUAUAAUGUUUUAAAAAAAUAAAUAUUCUUGCACCUUGU